CAGUGAAACAUGCUCAUGAGUGCCGCGAGAUCCAUUCGCUCAACAGCAUUCGCUCCACACCUCAAUUGAGAGGCCACUCCAGUCUAAGACAUUCUUCUCAGUGUUCUGUGUGCGUGUGUCCGACCGUUCCUUCUCAUCUGUGCUGGACUGUCCCUAAGACAUUGUGAUACCCCAAAAUACACCCCACAUGUGCUCCCUAGUGAUAUAAAGUGGCGAGGCAGAUCCCAAGUGAUAGUUGAGCCUUAGGAGAGAAAUCUCGCGGAGCAGAAGCAGAGGAAAAAAGUGACUCUCGGAUUAUCACACCCAUUCACUUUGGCCAUACCUCGAGGAUAUAGCCAGCCAGAUCGCAGUGGAUUUUUUGGAUUAAGCAUUGAGCCAAAAGCGGGGCAGUUUUUCCGUAUUCGUUAAACAACUCUGCACAUACUUAUGGAAUUAUUGUGAGGAAAAAGAUGGCCCGUUAUGAUACCAAUUGGAAAAUAGGUGCAUUUCUUAUUGUUCUCGUCAUUUUCACGGAAUUAGCUGUCGAUGAAGUUGCAGCCAGCAAAGAUCUCUUGACUGCGUGCCAGCAUUUGCAUCGGGCUGAGUCACGACGCUCCCGGGCGUUGGGUGAGACAGCCGGUAAAUCCGUCCGGGUGCCGAGAUGCACAGACUCCGGAGCCUUCGAGCCCGUCCAGUGUUCCAAUGACAUCAACAGCACAGAAUGCUGGUGCGUAGAUGAGUACGGAGUGGAGAUCCUGGGCACGCGGCAGGAUAGUGAGAAGGAGGUGGAUUGCGUGUCUGCCAGCAGUCACUGCCCGGCGUCAUCUUGUCGGAUGUACUGUCCAGCCGGUUUCGCCCGGGAUGCUCGUAGUGGGUGUCCAGUAUGUCAGUGCCGUGACCCAUGCGAGGGCAUCACGUGCCCCGGUUCGCUUUCGUGUCACCCACAGGAAGUGGAGUGCAGCAACGAACCGUGUCCUCCGGUGCCAACGUGCAAGAAGGCGCGAAGCUUGGCCGAAAUGUGUCCCGUUGGGCAGCCACUCAGCAUUGCCGGAACCAUUCGGCCCUUCCUGUGCGGCACAGAUCCGGGCAAGCCCUCAUGCCCGCCACUAUACAAAUGUCUCGUGCAGCUGGGCAAUGACUAUGGCGUGUGCUGCCCAGCGUCGCUCAAGUACGAGAAACCUGGCCAGUGUCCUGCAGUGGAUCACCAGGAGAUCUCCCCGGCUGCUGGGUUGGUGUGCGGAAUCCCUUGUGGACACGACCUGGAGUGUCCUCAGCUGCAGAAGUGCUGCCAGACAAGUGGGUGCUCAACAAACUGCCAGCAACCAUUUAAUGUAACUGCGUGCCAUCAAGCGAGAAUGCUGUCGGAGUUGCUGUCUGUGAAUGAACGCGAGGGGAAAGGUUACAUUCCGCAGUGCGAUGGACCCGGUGGCCUCUUCUCCUCCAAACAGUGCUCCCGCAACGGGCUCGUGUGCUGGUGCGUGGACUCCAAGACUGGACACAAGAUCAGAGGCACCAUGGGUGCUGCCAGUCUCGUCGACUGCGAGGGAGUGGAGAAUCUCAUUGCGCGAUCUUCUGGACGGAGCGUGGACGCUCCUCAAGGCUGCGAUCACAACAUUUGUGCUGCAGUCUGUGAAUACGGAUUUAAGAAUGACCACAACGGUUGUCCAACGUGUGAAUGCUCGGAACCAUGCGAAGGCUACCGUUGUCCUAUGGGAUCUCACUGUGAAGUGGCCAAGGAUCCCGAGUGCAUAUCCGGAUCUUCGCUGUGCGCUUCAGAGCCCAUCUGCAAGCCUGAUCUGGUGUACUCUAAUCCAUGCGAAGAGGGCACUCCCUUGGCUGACAAUGUCACCGGAGAGGUUUUCUUCUGUCGUAUGGACUCCAUAAACACCGAGGACUUCCAGACUCAGUCCUUCUUCGACGCUGCGCCGGAAGAGAGCUACGGUCGCGCUAUGACCAACUUCAUCGCCUGUCCGCGGGACUACCAGUGUACCAAACUACACAAGGAGGCCAAUAACGUCUGUUGUCCUCAGGCAAUGCAGACCUCGGCCUCAAAGUCGGAAAUCCAGAUUGAUAGGCAACAGACAAUGUGUGAGUAUCUGCGCGACUUCGCCGAAAGGAUGGAGGGUACUGAGGAGGGCAUGGUAAUGGCUCUGCCAAGUCCUGGAUGUGACAAGGAGGGCAUGUACAUCCCUCGCCAGUGUAUUACAAAGAAGAUCAAGGUGACUCUAGCAGAGCAGAAGCGACUCCUCGAAGAGCAGAAUGUGCGUCAGAUGAAGAUGCUACUGUCACGUUCAAAGAGACAGUCUCCUUCUGAAAAUGUGAAGCUGGUCAACAUGGAUCAAGCCACAGAAUCCCUGCGUGCUCUGCAGGACCUUAACAUCAGAAAUCUCGUUGACUUCCUCAGACAGAAGAUCCUCAAUCCCGCCACACAUCCAGAGGAGCUCUACUUCGCCGAGAUGAUCCUCAACAACCAGGACUCGGGUCUGGAGGGCCGCACAGCCAAAGUGAUUGAUUUCUCGCAACCAAAGUCGCAAUCAGUGUCGGAUGAGAAGAAUCUCUUCAGCUUUGAAAAGCCCAAGAGAAAGCCCAGCCAGUCCAGUCCACAAACUGAAAACCAGAUGGUUGAGCUGACUGUGGAGGAAUGCUGGUGCGUUGAUGGCUUUGGCACUGAGAUUCCUAGCACCAGGGCUCUCAAUACCAGUCUGGAGGAGUGUCAAAACAUGAGGGAGACCCUUGAAUGUCUAGAUCUUACAUGUCGGAUGGGAUGUGAGUAUGGAUUUAUUUUGGAUUCCGACACUCGCUGCCCGUCGUGCCAGUGCAGGGAUCCUUGUGACAAUAUCCAGUGCCCUGAGCACCAGGAGUGUCGCACAGUGGACGUGUCGUGUGACGGAGAGUAUUGUCCGCCAGUGCCCGCGUGUCUGCCGCGCAAACCUGGCCAGUGUCCUUUCCUGGUGCCUCCUGGGAACGACGAUGCCUGCGAAUACGAGUGCCGAUCGGACUCUCAUUGCGAUGGCACGAAGAGGUGCUGCUCUAACGGCUGUGGCACUCAAUGUGUGGAGCCGCAGCUGAAGACCGCCUGCCAGCAUCUGCAAUCAAUCCAACUGCACCAGUCCAUUGAACUGGGCAUCCCCGCCAGGCAAAAGUACAUCGCCCAGUGCGAUGAGCGGAAUGGCAGCUGGAAGUCGGUACAGUGCGGACCCGACGGUGUGUGCUGGUGCGUGGACAAUUUGGGCAAUGAGCGAAGUGGAACCAGAACAAAUAAUUCACAGCCCAAUUGUAAUGGCGAGUCCACACUCGAGUGUCCUCUUUACAAAUGCGCCUCACAAUGUGAGCAUGGAUUCCUGCUGGACAAGAAUGGUUGUCGCACUUGUGAGUGCCGGAGUCCCUGCUCUGAGAUCACCUGUCCAAACGGGGAGAAGUGCAAUUUGGUGCAAGUCGAGUGUGUGGACACUCCUUGCCCGAGGAUGCCAAUCUGUGUGCCCUUUAUGGACAGUGUUUGUAUCGAAGGGGAGCCCUUGCGACAAAACGGCCAGGAGAUCACGUGCGGUCCUCAGUCCUCUGGCGAAUCCUGUCCUUCAACGCACGUCUGCCAAAUCAAUCCGCUCAACAACAAGGGCGUCUGCUGUGGUAAACAACGCGAUGUCUGCUUCGAGAGCUUGGAACCCAGUUGCUUGGAUACAGAGAAAGAAGUGGACAACACCAGCAUCGUUCAUCGAUGGACCUUCAACACGCGUCUCAACAAGUGCGUCUCAAUCAAAUCCACGACACCUUGUCAGAGCAAGAAUCUCUUCCACAAUGAGAAUGCGUGCAAGGCGGUGUGUCCCGCCUUGACGCAAUGCGAACGUCUUCGACUGAAGAACUCUCUGGCGGCGCGAAGGACCGGCGGUCAGACGCUGUCGUGGUUCCAGCCCCGAUGUGAUCCGGACACGGGAAGUUGGAGUCCAGUGCAGUGCCUGGGGAAGCCAGUGGCGAGCAAUGAGGAGUCCAGAGGGCGCGCUUUCAGGGUGGACGUACCAAAUCAGGAUGAUAUGGGAAUUGGGGUGUGCUGGUGUGCGGAUAAAAAGGGGGCUCCUUUGAGGGGAUCGCUGACCCGAAACGUGGAACCAGUGUGUAAUCAUCGGCAGGCCAGGAGGCGGAUGAAUGACGAAGAAAUGCAGGAUCCAGUAAUGGAGGAGCUUAUUCGGCAGAUGACUAUUCUGGUGGAGGACAACCUCGUGGAGGACGAGGCAGAGAUCACGACUGAGAGUCUGCUGAAGCACAUCUCAACCACUUUGGCACUCAAUGAUAGAAUUCUGCACAAGUCCACGACAUCCAAUCCGCGCCAGGAGCGAUUAUCCAGCACUACUCAACUCGUGGCCUCCUCCACGCGUUGUGAGGCCCUCAAGAUGAGUGCGCCCUUCCCGGUGGCCUGUGACAAUGAGGGCGGAUUCUCCCCAAUGCAGUGCAACGGUGACAUUUGCUGGUGCGUGGAUGCCGCUGGCAAUCAGCUGCCCUUGUCCAGCACUUUCAAGUCUGGUGCCAAACAAUGCGUCUUCACGCCCAUUGACCUCGUGGCAAUAGAGCUGCACCUCAACAAUCCCGAGAGGCGCAUGUACCGAAAUGUCUAUGAGACCCUUCGGGAUGAGCUGAUACAGCUCUUGGGCGACACGCCGGACAAUUUGCGCGUGCACGAGAAUGGAGACGGCAGCAUUAUGGUGAAGUUCGACCUGACGAGCUCCCGGAAGAUCGACGAGGCAUUCGCGAUUGAAGAGAUGGUGAAGCAAAGGAAUCUGCUUCUCGUGGGAGGUGAGCUCCGGCCAGACAUCACGCUCUCGCGCUUCCUGCAUCGAAACAGCAAUUUGCCUGUGCCCCAACCAGCCUCUGGCAUCCCUGAAACCACCUUCCAGACAAUCGUCUUCAUCAUGGCCACCGCAUCGGCCUUCCUGGUCAGUGUCUUUGUCAUUUUUGUCAUGCUGAAGCGUGGCCGGAGCAAGAACAAGCAGUUUCCCGGCGACAAGUACACCAUGGGUGACAAAUACCUAGACUACGGAUCGCCCAUUUUCGUGCUGGCAGCCAAGGAUCAGCAGGACACCAGCAAAUUCAUGUCUAAGUAGGAUCAGUGUGUGCAAAGAACUCUCGUCUAAUUGUGAAUUUUGUAAAUAUUUUUGUGAAACCCUAUGUAAGACGCUCGAGGUUUAAUGUUGAUACAGAUUAAGUUUAAUAUUAAAUGUGAUACAAAUCUUUUAUUCUA